UAAGAAAGAGAUUAUAAAUUACUUUCUAGCUUCUGGUGGUGACAGGGUUCCCCUGUGGCGUUUCAUUUGACUAGUCGAACUCACUCACUCUCUCUCUAGUAAUCGUUGUGUUACAGGGCAAUCGGAUUUGUUGAAAACAUGGCUGAGGGUUUAGCUGCAGUUCCCAGUACUGAGUUGUUGGAGUGGCCAAAGAAAGAUAAGCGUCGGUUCCUUCAUGCUGUGUACCGUGUUGGUGAUCUCGAUCGUACUAUCAAGUUUUACACUGAGUGUUUUGGGAUGAAGCUGUUGAGGAAAAGAGACAUUCCUGAAGAGAAAUACUCCAAUGCCUUUCUUGGAUUUGGCCCAGAGGUGUCACAUUUCGUCGUGGAGUUAACAUAUAAUUAUGGAGUAACUUCAUAUGAUAUUGGAACUGGAUUUGGGCAUUUUGCGAUUGCAACUCCUGAUGUUUACAAAAUGGUUGAAGACAUCCGUGCAAAGGGUGGCAAUAUUACUAGAGAGCCUGGUCCAGUCAAAGGUGGAUCAACUGUCAUUGCUUUUGUGAAGGAUCCUGAUGGUUAUGUUUUUGAGCUCAUCCAAAGAGCUUCUACUCCUGAGCCACUCUGUCAAGUAAUGCUUCGUGUUGGGGAUUUAUAUCGCUCUGUCAAAUUCUAUGAAAAGGCCCUGGGGAUGAAGCUAGUAAAGAAGGUUGAUAGGCCAGAAUACAAGUACUCCAUAGCCAUGAUGGGUUAUGCUGAAGAACUUGAGACUAUUGUUCUUGAGUUGACUUACAAUUAUGGAGUGACUGAAUAUACCAAGGGAAAUGCAUAUGCACAGGUUGCCAUUAGUACUGAUGAUGUAUACAAAAGUGGUGAGGUUGUGGAACAUGUUAUACAAGAGCUUGGCGGAAAGGUUACACGAAAACCUGGGCCAAUUCCCGGAAUUAACACCAAAAUCACCUCUUUCCUAGAUCCUGAUGGCUGGAAAACAGUCCUGGUUGACAAUGAAGACUUUCUGAAAGAACUCAACCAGGCAGAGUGAUCAAAUGGCAGAAAAGGCUCCAUAGUCCUGCUACUAUAUGAAUAAAUUAGUAUGUAGUGGAAUAAGCUAGCAAUAUGUAUGUCUGUUAAGUAUGGUUGUUGCUAUGUAACUUUAACAAUGUUCCACUCCCAUCUGGUCUGGAUCUAGUAUGUUACAUAACUAUCACUCUAUCAGUAGGUUUUGGAGACUGAUUUUUGCUUUAAAUUAGUCAAGACUGAUAUUGUCGGCCUGAAUGCCCUAACUAA